AUGCCUUCCUCUCCAACACAGGACUCGCCUCUCUUCUUCUCUGAUGUGGAGCGAGUACGACACAAAUCGCAGGGUUACUCUGAGAGCUUCCCAGAUGCUGACAAUGCAACGACCCAGAAGCUGCAGAUCCUGUCUGACAGAGCUGGGGAAGCAGAAAUCAGAGCUGGGAUUGAGAAGAUCCGAGCCCAGGCUGAGCUGACCCGAUCCCAUCCUGAGCACCCGCAAGCCCAGGCUGAGCUGGUCCGAGCCCAGGCUGAGCUGACCCGAUCCCAUCCUGAGCACCCGCAAGCCCAGGCUGAGCUGGUCCGAGCCCAGGCUGAGCUGGUCCGAGCCCAGGCUGAGCUGACCCGAGCACAAGCCAAGAUGGGAGCUGUAGGAGAGGAUAGCAAACCUAAAGAUCAGAAACAAGUCCAGACCAAUGAGAGCCACGCCAAGGAGAGUAGAGCAGUGAAAAAGCAGAGCAAAGCUAAGAAUCGGAAAAAAGUCAAGACCAAAAAGAGAGAAGACAAGGCCAAAGGAGAUAGUGAUAAAAAAAAAAGACAAGGUAGGCGCAAACACAGGAGUUUUAGGGACCUAUGCCUGCAAGUCUUAGAGAUGUUGAAGAAAAUUUCUAAAUAUUUGGCUAGGUGUUUUGGGUUACUCAGGGAACUAAUAAGAAAAUUUCCCCUUUAUUCAUGAGAGACAUCUGGAGGCAUCCAAACAGGCGUAGGUAACAGUGCGGAGCCUGUCCUCCCCUAAUGUCCUGCACAGAAAGUCCUCAAGACCCUCUUAUUUUGUCUAUUGUCCACUCUGACCCUCAGGCCCCUGUGUAACCUGUUCCCUGUAUGUUUAUUC